AUGCAUAUCAAAAACUUGGUCGCCGAUACGGAGAAGACAAAGGCCCCGUCCUUCUCCUUUGAGUAUUUCCCGCCCAAGACCGCCCAGGGUGUCCAGAAUCUUUACGACCGCAUGGACCGCAUGAACAACUUUGGGCCCAAGUUCAUCGACAUCACAUGGGGAGCUGGUGGCGGUAUUGCGGAACUGACCUGCGAAAUGGUUGUUCAGGCCCAGGCUGUCUACGGCCUGGAGACGUGCAUGCACCUCACCUGCACUGACAUGGGACUUGAAAAGGUCAAUGACGCCCUACAAAAGGCCUACAAAGCCGGAUGCACCAACAUUCUCGCCCUCCGCGGAGACCCUCCCCGUGACCAAACGACAUGGACUGCUGCCGACGGAAACUUCCGAUAUGCUCGCGAUCUCGUCAAGCAUAUUCGCGAUACAUAUGGCGACCAUUUCGAUAUCGGCGUUGCCGGCUAUCCUGAGGGAUGCGAUGACAACAAAGACGAGGAUUCACUGCUAGAUCAUCUCAAAGAAAAGGUGGACAUGGGUGCUGGUUUCAUCGUCACUCAGAUGUUCUACGACGCCGACAAUUUCCUCCGAUGGGUCGGCAGAGUCCGCGAGCGAGGCAUCACCGUUCCCAUCCUGCCUGGAAUCAUGCCCAUUGCCACCUAUGCUAGCUUCCUUCGUCGUGCUAAACACAUGCAAUGCCGAGUGCCUCCAGAGUGGAUGACCUUGCUUGAGCCGGUCAAGAAUGACGACGUGGCCGUGCGUGAAAUUGGUAAGACGCUGGUUGCCGAGUUGUGCAGAAAGCUGCUUGCCGGUGGAAUUCACCACCUCCACUUCUACACCAUGAACCUUGCCCAGGCGGUCCGUAUGGUUCUAGAUGAGCUUGACUGGACCCCUUCAGCGGAACGUCCUCUGAAGCAGGCUCUUCCCUGGAAGCAGUCCAAAGGCUUUGGUCGGCGCGAAGAGGAUGUGCGCCCCAUUUUCUGGCGUAACCGCAACAAGUCCUAUGUCAUUCGUACCCAGGACUGGGAUGAGUUCCCCAACGGCCGAUGGGGUGACUCCCGCUCUCCCGCUUUCGGAGAGCUUGAUGCCUAUGGCAUUGGUUUGACCGGCACAAACGAGGCCAACCGCAAGAAAUGGGGCGAGCCCACCUGUGUCCAGGACAUAGCCGAUACCUUUGUCCAGUAUCUGGAGAAGAAGAUUGAGACUCUUCCAUGGAGUGAAUCUGCCCUUGCCGCCGAAGCAGACCCCAUCAAAGACGACCUUGUGGCUCUCAACAAGCGAGGCAUUCUGACCAUCAACUCACAGCCUGCCGUUGACGGCGCAAAGUCCAAUCACCCAGUCCACGGCUGGGGACCUUCAAACGGCUAUGUGUACCAAAAGGCCUACCUGGAAUUGCUCGUUCCACCGUAUCUCCUGGACGAGAUGAUCAGCCGUCUUGACGACUUCCCCAACUUGACUUACUACGCCGUUACCAAAAAUGGUGAACUGAGGUCCAAUGCGCCCUCGGACGGCCCCAACGCUGUCACUUGGGGUGUUUUCCCAGGCAAGGAGAUUGUGCAGCCCACCAUUGUGGAAUCAAUCAGCUUCUUAGCCUGGAGAGACGAGGCUUUUCGACUGGGUGUCGACUGGGCUCACUGCUUCGAUGCCAACACCCCCAGCCGAGCGCUUAUCGAGGGAAUCAUGAACGAGUGGUAUCUCGUUAACAUUGUGAACAAUGAUUUCCGCGAGAACAACACCAUCUUCAGUUUCCUUCAAGGUCUCCAAGUCAAGGACGCUUCCGUCCCUGCCAAUGGCACGGCCUAA